AUGGUCGGUCGAAUCAUUUCCGAUACCACUGAAGAACAACCCCCUUCGAAGCUUGCGAAUGGCAUACCAGGGAAGGGACGGGGCCCUACAGGCUCCUCGAGCCCAAACAAGAAGGAAGAGAAGCCCAAGGCUCUGGAUGUCGCAGAAUUAAAAGACUAUCAAUUAGGAGAUUGUUUAGGAAAGGGGGCAUUCGGAUCGGUCUACAGGGCACUUAAUUGGGGAACCGGGGAGACGGUUGCUGUGAAGCAGAUCAAACUUGCAGACCUUCCGAAGAGCGAACUACGGGUUAUAAUGCUUGAGAUCGACUUGCUGAAGAAUUUGGAUCAUCCCAACAUCGUCAAAUACCAGGGAUUCGUCAAAACCCCAGAGACGUUGAAUAUCAUACUUGAAUAUUGUGAAAAUGGUUCCCUACAUUCCAUAUCGAAGAACUUUGGCCGCUUUCCUGAGAACCUCGUUGGCCUGUACAUGUCUCAAGUUUUGCACGGCCUACUGUAUCUUCAUGAACAAGGUGUGAUACACCGAGACAUCAAAGGUGCAAAUAUUCUCACCACGAAGCAAGGUCUUGUUAAGCUUGCAGACUUUGGCGUUGCCAGUAGGACGACAGGCUUACACGAAUCCAGCGUUGUCGGUACUCCAUACUGGAUGGCCCCGGAAGUGAUUGAACUAGCUGGUGCCACGACUGCAUCAGAUAUAUGGAGUCUGGGUUGCACAGUCAUUGAGUUAUUAGACGGAAAGCCCCCUUACCAUAAACUCCAACCAAUGCCGGCUCUUUUUCGAAUCGUCAACGAUGAUCAUCCGCCGCUGCCUCAGGGAGCAUCACCGACUGUGCUUGACUUUCUUGGUCAGUGUUUCCAAAAAGACCCGAAUUUGAGAGUGUCUGCAAGGAAACUCCUUAAACAUCCAUGGAUUGCCAACGCACGGCGAUCUGAUGCUGUUGAUCCGAAGAAGUCGACGGAGUAUGGAGAAGCUAUAAAGAGCGUUCAGGAAUGGAACGAUGCUCUCAAAGGCUCACCACCAAACAUCGUCUCGAGUAACAAGCCCUCCAGGCCGUCUCCCGCGAGUCCAAUACAUGGUCAGAGAGAUAUGUUUCGUCCUCUCAAGACGCCUGCACAACCCGCCCCAAUCGUGUCAAGAGCAAAGGAAGCCAACAAUAAAUUUAGGUCACCCGAAGGUGCUGCUGAUGACAACUGGGAUGACGACUUUGUCUCCGAGAUCUCACCAAGAGCUCUACAAUUGCCUCAACUUCGGCCACAUGAUCACUUUGGAGGAAUGCUUUCUUCAGAGAAAUUGAAGGCUUUUGCUUCUUUCGAAAGUAUUACGGAGCAGGGCCUUCAUGAACCAGACUAUGACAACGAUAGGACCUUGAAGAGUCCGCUCCAACCAAGUGAAUCUGAUGCAUGCAAGACAGUGCGACCGUCCGCACCCGUUAAGAAGGCAGAACCCAAGCAUGCUCGACAUAAAUCAGAAGCACCACAGGCUAAAGCCAAAGCAAAUCAGACAGCUCGAAAAGCUUCAUUGUCGUCCGCACGCCAGAACACCGACCUUUCCAAAAGCAAGCCACUACCAUUAAAAGCCGCGGAUCACUAUCAGCCGCAACCUUCACGAUUGUACCGAGAAAGCUCAAUCGAAGAUUAUUCAGACCUCGUGCUCGGGAACGAGUUGACACUUGAUACUAAGCUCAGUAUGAUGCAAAUGGAGAAUGAGGUUCCCUCGAAGAUCCUCGAGUCUCCGAGCGUCACAGAUCUGAUGCAGUCAAUGCGACCUCCUCCUGCGGGUGGAAGUCUCCGCCGACAACCACCACCAAGAGGGAAGAUCUCAAUGAGAAGGACCCGAUCUUCAAUAGAAAUCCAAAGAUAUGCAGAGAACGAACAGGACGAGGACUUCUCAGACGUGUUUGGGAUUGGCCAGAACAUCCUUGAGAAGACGGAAAGCGAAGAGGAGUCAGAACCUGGAACUCUAAUGCUCAAUUCGAAAAUAUCAAACAAUUCCCGGCGAAGUGAUGGCGAUGACGAAGAUGACCCAUUUGCGCAGCUCGAGGAAGGUCUGCCAGAGCUAGAUCUCGAAACUAACAUUGCUCGUGACAAGCAUGCUCGACUUCGUACAGACGUUGAAGCAUUGGUUGGACAAUUAAAGGUAGCCCAGGACGAUGAUUUCUUGUUGCAGAUAUCAGAAGAUUUGAUGAACAUCUUUGGACUGUUUCCAGGAACGAAGAACGUCAUCGUCACCGCCCAUGGAAUGCUUCCCAUCCUGGAGAUCUUGGAAGACUGCUCUCGUUUGGACAUCGUUCUCAACCUCUUGAAGAUCAUCAAUACAAUAAUUGUCAAUGAUACCGAGGUUCAAGAAAACCUUUGCUUUGUUGGUGGUAUUCCUAAGAUCAACAAGUUUGCGUCAAAGAAAUACCCUCGUGACAUCAGACUUCAGGCCGCGGCCUUUGUCCAAAAGAUGUAUCAAACUUCUACCUUGACGCUUCAGAUGUUUGUGAGUGCUGGGGGACUGACUGUCCUGAUCGACUUCCUUGAAGACGACUACGACGACGAUAGAGAGCUGGUUCUCAUUGGCGUCAACGGCAUAUGGAGCGUUUUCGAGCUUCAGGGCUCCACGCCCAAGAAUGAUUUUUGCCGCAUCCUGUCCAGAAAUUCUGUCCUUGAUCCGUUGUCAUUGGUGCUCAACCGAGUCCUCAGCGAACCGGCAGAGAAUGGGGAACAGCGUGAGCUAGCGCAACUCUGUGAAGGGAGAAUCGCAAGCAUCUUCUUUAUAUUCUCGCAGGCGGAAAACUACGUCAAGGAACUGGUGGCGGAGCGAACGGUCCUUCACCGUGUCUUGAAGAACUUGAAGAAGAUGUCGCCUGCACAUCAGAUCACGAUGUUGAAAUUCAUAAAAAACCUAUCCAUGUUAUCAACGACCCUUGACAUUCUUCACAAUUCCAACGCCGUAGAUGUGUUGACAGAGCUGCUUGACUGGGGCAUGAAUCAGCCUCAUUGCCGAGAGCUCUCGAAUCAAAUCCUGAAUACCAUCUACAACCUUUGCAGGCUCUCGAAACGAAGACAAGAAGAUGCAGCAGUAGAUGGCAUUAUUCCCAUUCUCAUCAAAAUUGUCAAACAAGAGUGGCCACUCAAAGAGUUCGCCUUGCCCAUAUUGUGUGACAUGGCACAUUCGAGCAGAGCGACAAGACGAGAGCUGUGGCAGAACAAGGGUCUUGCGUUCUAUAUUUCGCUUCUGUCUGAUCCUUACUGGCAAGUUACUGCCUUGGAUGCAAUCUUCACAUGGCUACAAGAGGAAACUGCUCGUGUCGAAGACAGCCUGCUGGACAAUCAUACUUUUACUGUUGCCAUUACGGCAGCAUUUACUCAAAGCAAAUCUAGUUCUUUCGAGAACUUACUCGAGCCUUUGCAGAAACUGCUUCGCCUUUCCCAACCCAUUGCGGCGUCCAUGGCCCGCAGCGCUGAAUUAUUUGAGUGUAUUGGCCAGAAACUCAACUCUAACAAGCCAGCUAUCAGGCUUAACUUGCUAAGAAUCAUAGGUAGCAUAUGCGAUGCGACAGACGAAGGUGGUUUGCUGCUCGAGCACUUUGGCCUCUUCGAUCUGAUUCGCGAGCUACAGGUCUCUGACUCAGCAGUCCUGGUCCGAAGCAUGGCGCAGGAGUUGAUUCGCUCAUGUGAAGAGGUUGACAGUAUAUCUCUCCAUGGUGGUGGUGGUGCUGUCGGAGGAGGUGGAGGAGGUGGGGGAGGGAAGCGGCGUCUUAAUGGCACCGGAGCCCUACGACGCGCCUCAGCAAGUACAACCCCACCACAUCUGCUGGAAAGACAGAUGAGUAUGCCAAUUGGGCCGAGCUCGCCCCAAUUGGGAAGGUCGGAGAGGAGCAGCAUGGGAUUCUUUGAUGGAUCUGACGGCGUUGCUGUAGGAUUGUCAGGGAGGCUGGCACAGACGCCAAGAAGACAAAGAAACGGGGUUGGCUAUCUCAAUGGCUCUACAGCUAUAAGACCAGCAAGCCGGGAAGGGCCAAAUGGUCUAGGAAGGGAAAGCUCGCCAGCCAUCAAUCUGCCUGUUCCUGCCUUACAAAAAGCGAGUACAACUAUUGGAAGCAUCAACUCACCGUCUGUUAACGCUGGCAACGCCAAUGAGAUUGGUGUGGUCAAGAGCCGUCUACCACGGGGUAUGGUGGGGGGCCAAUACCGAAUGAGCCGUCCGAGCACAACCAAUGGCAAUGGGUCUCGUGACACAGGUGGAAGUGCGGCUGGACCUGGGACAAAAACGCCUGGCGCGACGCGCGUGUCUAGGGAGAGUCUGUAUGGAGCAAGAAACGGCGGUGUUGAUAUUACUGUUGCAAGUGCAAGAAGGACAACGGCUAGACGACAUCCUAGCGGCGACGGAAAAUGGUCUUGA